UUCCUAAAUACUAUGCUUGCCCUGACUCCAAGGACAGUGUGAGCAGUUCCUCCAGCUGUAGUUUGAUCCUCCUCCUAUUCCAUCCCCUUAGGGUUGUAGUCAUGAAUGGUGUAAUUCACUGGGAGCAGUGGAAAAAUGGGAUUUUUCUAGGCCUGUGGAUGCCUGCCAGAGGUCUAGAGCUCAGUCACCAGGAAUGGGUUGGGCUGGAGUCUGGCAGUCUUGCUGCCUAGCUGUGUUUAAGCAACUCACCUGGCAACAGGGUAGGCCUGACAAACACUGUCCUCUGCCAUCUCUCCAGGACACCAUGACACUGCUCAAGCUCCUGACGCUUCUUUUGGCUCUGGUUGUCUCUGGCCUCUACAGCCUACCUUGGUUUAAGGAUAUUUCUGAGCGCCAAGGUCCCGGCACUGUUGUGCAGACUUUCUUCUUCAAUUGCUCUUCCUACCUACCCACCCUGGAGUUGAUUAGCGUGCAGCCAAACACCACCUUCUUCAACCCACCCAGCCUGGCUGGGCAACAGGGGAAAUACGUGGGAAAGGUCAUCUUGAGCAGCUCAGCCCGGCUGGAUGCCCUGGCUGUAAACCACUACCAGCUGCAUUUACGAUAUAAAUGUGGCAACUAUGUGAUGGAUGGACCCCUUUCUGUGACUGUGCAGCGAGACAUUGGCCAUAUCCAGUGUGGGGGCCGAUUUGCUAGCCAAGCUGGGGAAGUCAUUUAUGUGCCGGAGACAGUGCCACCUGGAGCCAGGCUCUACACUCUGAUGUUCCCAGGCCUACAAGCCCAGGGAACCAAGAUGAACAUUACCAGUGCCCAGGACCCUCCAUACUUCCCCGGACCUUUCUCCAUCAACGAGAAAGGUUGGCUGCAGGCACCAUCCCAGGGCCUCAGAGGCCAGGCUGAAAAGGCCUUCCAGCUGCAAAUCUCAGUGUCUACUGGACAAGGCCAAAACUGCCGAGGGAGGCUGACAGUUCGAGUAUUACGUGUCCCUUCUAGCCAGGUCUCCUUUCUGCAGACAGUCCAGAAUGUCACCAUCCUGGAGAAUGUGGCCCCUGGGAGUGACGUGGUUCAAGUCCAGGCUAGAGGCUCGGACUUGCGCUAUGAAAUCGUCUCCCCGAUACCCAGCCCACUCUACUCUAUUGGACAUGAUGGGGUGGUCAGGACCACCUCGCCUCUGGAUCUGACUCGAGCCCCAGGCGCAGCCGUCACCAGGCUGCAGGUGAAGGCCUUUGAGCAUCGCCAGCCUUGGAUCAGUGCGGAGCUGGAACUGAUGGUGAACGUGCAGUCGGUCAACCGAUGGCCCCCAUCCUGCCUCUCAGCACUUCUUGUGAAUCACAUCCCCGAGACGGCACCUGUGGGCACCAUUCUGGGCACCCUCACUUGCACAGAUCCAGAUUCAGCUGGCACCAGCCUGGACUAUCAGCUGCGGUUCUAUAGCUCUCCUGACUCAGCCAGCAUCCGUCUUCGUGACCAGGUCGUGGAGGUGAAUGCCACACUGGACUGUGAUGCUCCUGGGACUUGCUUCCGGCAUGUAGCUUCCAUCCUGGUGAUCGAUGGUGGCCAGCCCCAGAUGACCACCGAGGUGCCGGUACUGGUGUUGGUGACACCCGUCAAUGAGUUCUCCCCAGCUUGUACCCCACGCACGUUCCGGGUUCCCGAGGAUGCAAGGCCCCACACGGUGCUGGGCUUCAUGGUGGGUGUGGAUGCGGAUUACCCCCAUGACAGCGUGGAGUACUCCAUCUCUGGUGGACCCUCUUCCACCUUUGCUGUGGACCGCCUCAGUGGGAAGGUGCAGCUCUUGGCCCCUUUGGAUUAUGAGCAGCAGAGGGUUCACAGGGUCACUGUUCUCCUGAUGGAUCGUGGCCAAGACUGGAACCCUACCUACCGCCGCUCGGGUUCCUGUACCAUUACCAUUGAGGUGGAGGAUGUGAACGAUCAUACCCCAGAAUGUGAACCCCCAUUUCAAGAGCUCACCAUCCACACGCCUCUGGGACGUAGCAUGGAGGUGACCAAGGUGUUGUGUCGGAUUCCCCAGGAACCACAGCGCCAGGCCUUUGCCUACAGUAUUGUGGGAGGGAAUAGCCCGAGCCGAUUUAGGAUGCAAGGGGCCGUCUUGGUGCAUGAUGAUACUCUAUUGGGACCUCCUUGGCUAGAACAGCCCUGCUCCUACCGGCUAUUGAUCCGUGUGGCUGAUGCAGGCAACUCCAUCUACCACCUAAGCACUACAGCCACCAUUAUUGUGCAUCUAGUUCCCCAGAGGGCCAGUACAACGGUCACCACCAGCACCCACCGAAACACAGUGUCUUCGAUGAUGACACCCAUGCUUGUGACAGACAUAGAAGUUUACUGGCAGCCGGAGCCCUGGUUUGUGGCAGUGCUGACAGCAACCGGUGCCCUGCUACUCGUGGCUCUGGGCUGGCUCCUCAGCAAGCUCCUCCAGGGGUUGACCCAAGUGCUGCGGGCACCAAGCAAACCAGCCCAGACUCUGUUGUUGAACAGCAUCCAAGGAAAUGAAAGAUCCAAGGAGGGAUUCAGGGACCUACCAAGGAUGGAGAGGUCACAGGACACCAGCAGUGUCACGAGCUUGCAUUUCGAUGGCAGAGCACAAGAUGCCCGUGAGUUCCCACUUCUCUCAAAACCAUUUGUCUGCCUGGGUCCUCACCCUUUCCUUCUCUCCUGCCCCUGUCUCAUUAUUUCUUCCUACUAUCAAGUGUCUACCUUUUUAGCUGAGUGGGAUCUGUCCUCACUCCCAUCUACCCUGCAGGUAAGCUUUGUCUUGGGCCAAGAGAUAGAUAACCCAGGCCUGGUUUGGUUCCUGUUCAUGUGGGGAGUGGAAUGGUGGCGAAAGGAGAGCUCUUCAAAUAUUCCUGCAUCACCAAUGAAUUAUGGCAGAGUAAUCUGACAGUGGUCAGAGAGGAACUAAUGUUUUUGUUUUUGGGCGGGGUGUGUGUGUGUG